AUGUUUAAUCAGUUUGGUUCGACGGCGGAGACUCUGAGCAAAGCUUCAGCUGUGAUGCUUCGGAUCGGCACUGAUGCUCAUUUGUAUGAUGAUCCGGAAGAUGUCAACAUUGUUCCACUUCUCGAUAGCAAGUUCGAAUCAGAGAAAUGUGAAGCUCUCAAGCGUCUACUUGCUCUUAUCGCUCAGGGAUUUGAUGUCUCCAAUUUCUUCCCUCAGGUGGUGAAGAAUGUGGCUUCACAGUCAUCGGAAGUGAAGAAGCUGGUUUACUUGUAUUUGCUACAUUAUGCUGAAAAGCGUCCAAAUGAAGCGUUGCUAUCGAUCAACUACUUUCAGAAGGAUUUGGGGGAUCCAAAUCCGUUGGUUAGGGCUUGGGCGCUUCGUACAAUGGCGGGGAUUCGUUUACAUGUAAUUGCACCUCUUGCACUUGCAGCUGUGAGUAAGUGUGUGAGGGAUCCAGCGGUUUAUGUCCGUAAAUGUGCUGCAAAUGCUCUUCCAAAGUUGCAUGAUUUGCGGCUGGAAGAACAUGCGCCUGCAAUUGAAGAGCUAGUGGGGAUAUUGUUGAAUGACCAUUCUCCAGGAGUAGUUGGAGCAGCGGCAGCGGCAUUUACCUCCAUCUGUCCAAAUAACUUCAAGCUGAUCAGAAAGAACUUUAAGAAGUUGUGCCAGAUUCUUCCUGACGUAGAAGAGUGGGGUCAGAUUUUACUCAUAGGUACUCUUUUGCGCUACGUUGUUGCAAGGCAUGGACUUGUAAGGGAAUCUUUGAUGUUGUCCAUACAUGGUUUGGAUAAUAAUGGCUUCUAUGAGAAGGAUGGUCCAGUCAGAGAUAUUACAUUUGAUAAAGGAGAUGGUGAUAAUAGUGAUUCAUUUGACGCUAAUCUGGUCAGCCUUGUAUCUAGAUCUUACAUUGAAGGUCCAGAUGAGUACCUAUCACGAUCUAGUUUCCCCGAAAUAGAGUCAUCUGCAUUCGAUAGCAAAGAGACCACUUCUAUUGCAUAUAAUGAAGAUGUUAAAAUCCUGCUUCAGUGUACAUCCCCAUUGCUAUGGAGUAACAACAGUGCAGUUGUUCUAGCAGCAGCUGGCGUUCAGUGGAUAAUGGCGCCUCUGGAAGAUGUAAAAAAAAUUGUUAAACCGCUCCUGUUUUUGCUUAGGUCAUCCAGUGCGUCCAAAUAUGUGGUCCUCUGCAAUAUCCUAGUAUUUGCCAAAGCAGUCCCUUCUCUCUUUACUCCACACUUCGAAAAUUUCUUUAUUUGUUCCUCGGAUGCAUAUCAAGUUAAAGCACACAAGCUGGAGAUGCUUUCCCUCAUUGCUACCACUUCAUCUAUCGCUUCUAUUUUGAGAGAGUUUGAGGAUUAUAUCAAAGAUCCAGACAGGAGAUUUGCAGCCGAUACAGUUGCAGCAAUUGGUUUGUGCGCAAAAAGACUGCCGUCAAUUCCAACUACAUGUCUUGAUGGAUUGUUAGCACUAGUUAGACAAGAAUCUUUUGCUGGCGAUCUCAAGUCAGUGGAUGGAGAAGCUGGAGUGUUGGUGCAAGCGGUUAUGUCGAUUCAGACUAUCAUUGAUCGCGAUCCCCUUAGUCAUGAAAAAGUGAUAAUUCAGCUGUUUCGUAGUCUUGAUUCAAUCAAGGUAGCUCCUGCUCGUGCAACUAUUAUAUGGAUGGUAGGGGUCUACUGCUCUUUGGGUCAUAUCAUUCCAAGGAUGCUGACCACAAUAACCAAGUAUCUUGCAUGGAGCUUUAAAUCAGAGGCAUCAGAGACAAAACUACAGAUUCUUAAUACUACUGCUAAGGUUCUAGCAAGUGCAGAGGUUGAGGACUUUCAGAUGUUAAAAAGGAUUGUGGUUUAUGUGCUUGAAUUGGGCGAAUGUGACUUGAGCUAUGAUGUUCGUGAUCGAACUCGGUUCCUCAAGAAAGUUCUGUCAUGCAAAUUAGCUUGUCAUGAUCCAGCGGAAGACAGUGUUACAUCAGAAGAAAAUAUUGCUGCGCAUGUUGUGGAACAUGUCUUCGGAAGAAAACUGAAACCUUCUUCACCUUUAGCAAUGCACAAUCGUUUUUAUCUUCCUGGUUCUUUGUCCCAGAUAGUUCUUCAUGCAGCCCCUGGAUAUGAACCUCUUCCAAAGCCCUGUAGUUAUGUGUUUGAAGAACAUGACCAGCUUUCAGAUUCUGAUAGACAAAGAGAGGCCACAGCUGAUUUGAAUGGUUCUCAGGAAUCUUCUGAAACAGUGGAUGAGGAUGGCUCUUCUGAAUAUGAUUCUGAAUCAUAUAGUGGUUCAGAUUUCAGCAGUGAUGGUGAUGAAAGAACGAUAUCCAAUGAUGCAGCUGAUCCUUUAAUUCAAAUUUCAGAGAUUGAUGUGUCCACCGACCAGGAAGAACUAAGGUCAAAAAGGGCCCUGGAUUUGUGGUUAGACGACCAGCCUAGCACAUCAAAUCAAACUUCAUCUGCAUUAGAUAGGAAUCAGAGCUCUUAUGCGAAGAUAUCCAUUGGUGAUAUAGGAAGCCGAGUGAAGCCUAAAAGCUAUGCUCUCUUAGACCCUGGAAAUGGCAACGGCUUGAAGGUCGACUAUACCUUUUUAUCCGAAGUCUCCACUGUAUCUCCGUUGCAUGUUUGUGUAGAAGUUCUGUUUGAGAACAUUUCUACGGAACCUAUCCUUGAGGUGAAUUUGGAGGAUGAAGAAGCAAUGAAAGAAUCGGACUCUGCAGAACAGACUUUGGUAGGAAAAGCAAAUGCAUCUUUCAACAAUGUGCCAACACUAAUCCCAAUGGAGGAAAUCAGCUGCCUUGAACCACGUCAAAGCGCAAAGAGGCUUAUCCAGGUUCGGUUUCAUCACCACCUGCUUCCCACGAGGUUAACCUUGCAUUACAAUGGAAAGAAGGUUCCUGUCAAGUUACGACCUGAUCUUGGAUAUCUUGUGAAACCAUUUUCAAUGAGCAUCGAGGAAUUCUUAGCCACGGAAUCUCGGUUACCUGGAAUGUUUGAGUAUAGUCGAAGGUGUACUUUUACUGAUCAUGUUAAAGAUUCAAGAAAGGAGAAUGGGAAAGACAGAUUUCUUAGCAUCUGCGAGAGUAUAACACUAAAGGUGCUUAGCAACUCAAAUCUAUACCUUGUAUCUGUCGAUUUACCAGUUGCAAACACACUCGAAGAUGCAACUGGUCUACGGUUAAGAUUCAGCAGCAAAAUCUUGAGCAGUGAAAUCCCUCUUUUGAUUACCAUCACAGUCGAAGGUAAAUGCACCGAAGUUCUGAAAUUAACAGUCAAGAUCAAUUGCGAAGAAACGGUUUUCGGUUUAAACCUAUUGAACAGGAUUGCUAAUUUCAUGGUUGAGCCAGUUGAUCAGCAAAAUUGA